AUGAGUUAAAACUUAUCAAUCAUAAAUUAUAGAUUUAACUUAAUCAAUAAACUNCAACCAAUUUGGGAUUAUAAUAUUAAUCCAUUCCUUUUUCGAUUUCUUUUAGCAUAAGCACAAUCCUCCAAGUUACCCCCAUAAGAUUAAUAGAUGAUCUUGACUCUAUUCAAGUCUGAAUAUAAAAUUGAUAUCACACAAUUCAACAAUCUUGUGGAACACAAUCCUCAAUUGGUUAGUGAUAUCAUUACUAAACUACACUAAUCUGGUGUUAAUGUUCAUGAGUAAUUCUUAAAUUAUUAUCAUUUUCUAGAUAUUUAGAUUUCCUCAUUCAAAUUAAGGUCACCAUCUAAACUUUAGAAUUAGUGAAUCAACUCACUAAGAACAUCACUCUUCCUGAUUAAUUUCUUAAUAUGUUCAUUACCAGAUGCAUUGUAACUUGUGAAGAAGUCAAAUAAGUAAUAUUUUAAUUUCAUAAUCAACUUAGAAUCAAUAAUAAUUAGCCAGAUAAGUCAGACUAGUAUCAGUCUUCAUUAAGACUCUGAUCAAAUAAAAGACUUUCAAUCCUAAAAAGAUUUAUGUUGAACUCUAAGGAUUUUGUUUAGAGUUUUCUUCUAUUUAAGAAGCAACUCAAUUAUUUAAAGCUAUCAAAAAUGCUGUUCAGGAACAAUGA